UGACUCUUGCUGUUUGUACUAGAUUCUUAUUCCUAAGAACUUUUAGCUUGCCUUGAUCUUUUUGAAGCGAAAAUUUAGUUAGUUCUCCUUGUGUUUAAAAGUUCUAAAUUUAUAUGCUGGAUCUAUGUUAUGAAGCUUGCUCUAAUAUCGACCUCUCUUGGGUACCUUGUAGUAACAGGAUCGUCGUUGUAGGCUCCGCCUUUAACGCUAAAGGAGCUAUCUGUGUUUACCGCUUGAGCGGAGCAAAUAAUUUUAUAAAAAUGAAAGAGUCUAGUCGCCCAACUAGUAUUAAGUGUUUAACCUUUGGGGCCACGAACAUAUACCAAAGGCAUGUAGCUACUGGAAGUUUUGAUGGUUCCUUGGAAGUGUGGGAUUUAGAAAAUCUAGUAGUCCCUACGUUUCGUGCACAAGCGCAUACCUCUUUAAUAAAUUCCAUAUCUGGAAUUGGCUAUAAGGGUUGUAGUUACGGCGCCCCGGAGCUAGCGACAGCUAGUCGAGAUGGUAUACUUUACAUAUAUAAUUAA